AUGGUAUUUUGUGGCAUUGCUUUGGAGCAUUUGAGUGUCGUCUCGUGGAACGCUUUGAUUGCUGGAUUUGCUUACUUUGAGGAACCGGUGAAGGCUAUAUGGGUCUAUCAGCGGAUGAUUAGUAAUGGAUAUAGGCCUGAUUUGAGUACUGUUCUUAACUUACUUUCAUCUUUCGUGCAGCCUAAUUCUUUACUUUGUGGCAUGCCAAUUCAUGCUCAUGCAGUAAAACUGGGCUGUGAUAUGGCUAUCACCUUGCUUAAUACCCUUGUUUCUAUGUAUUCAAAGUGUGGAGAUAUUGGUUCUGCGAGAUACAUAUUUGAUUUCAUGGAUGAGAGAUCAUGUGUUACUUGGACUGUUAUUAUUGGUGUGUAUGCAGAAAAAGGUGAUCUGGAUGAGGCCUUAUCCUUGUUCCACAGUAUGGAAGCUGCUGGUGACAAACCUGAUAAGGUUACCUUUAUUCAUCUUUUAGCAGCCUGUGGCAAAGUUGGAGCCCUUGAGGUUGGAAAAUGGAUUGAUAAUUACGCCAUCUCAAAGGGGCUAAAGAAUGAUAUGUUGGUCUGUAAUGCGUUGCUAGACAUGUAUGCAAAAUGUGGAAGUGUAGGCGAUGCUCAUAGGCUUUUUCUUUCAAUGAAAGGGAAGAAUGUUGUCUCUUGGACGACUCUAGUCUCUGGGUUUGCACUUAAUGGGAAGUUUCAAGCGGCGUUGGAUCAUUUUAACGAAAUGUUGAAGUUGGGUUUCAAACCAAACCAUAUAACUUUCCUUGCUGUUCUUCAAGCCUGCACUCAUGCUGGUCUGUUAGAGAAAGGAUGGGAAGUUUUCAAUUUGAUGACUAAUACAUAUUGCAUAGUUCCCGGACUUGAUCAUUAUGCUUGCAUGACUGACCUCCUUGGACGUCGAGGAAAGCUGAAAGAAGCAUUGGAAUUUAUUCAGGACAUGCCCAUUAAACCAGACUCUUGGAUUUGGGGUACUUUGCUCAGUGCCUGCAAAAUUCAUCACAACUUAGAGAUUGCUGAGCAUGCAGCAUAUCAUCUUCUUCAACUAGAACCACACGCUGCGGCUCCUUACGUAGAAAUGGCUAAUAUAUAUGCAUCAGCAAGAGACUGGAACAGGGUAGCUUCUAUGCGUAAGAAAAUGAAGAGCAAACAGGUGACAAAAUCCCCUGGGCAAAGUGUCAUACAAGUUGAUGGAAAAUGUUGUUCGUUUACAGUAGAAGAUAGAUGCCAUUAUGAAGGGUUGCAAAUAUUUGAGACUUUGGAUUGCUUAGUUCUGCAGCUAAAAGAUGAAAAAGAUUUGUUAGCUCUAGAGGAACUCAUGUCGUGA